UCAGUUCCUCACCUAGUCACCUCUGUCCUCUCUUUUCUUUUCAUUUCUGAGUUCUGGCUCCUGAGGGAGAGAGACUGAGACAGAAGCUCUGCAGAGUAAUUCAGAGGAAAAGAAGAAGAAAUAUUGAGAAACCCUAAAACGCUCUCCUUUGUCCUGCCAUGGAGGAUUAUUCUCAUGCUUUCCACAGGAACAAAGCGUCUGCUCCAACUCUAUCGAAGAAAAUCUCCAAUGCAAAUGGAAAUGGCCUCACUCCCAGAACCGUCUACGACGACGUUUUUGGUGGCCCUCCGAAGUUCGGAGUCCCGACUUUCUCGGCUCAGAUUGAAGAUUACAGUGAGAUAUUUGGUAGAUUUCACUCCUCAUGUGGUUCCUCCAUUCCGGUUCUAGAUCUUCCCGUUCCCGACGCAGGCGAUGUUUCUCUUGACGUCCGUGCCUCCAAGUUUGAUUACUCAGAAAUAUUCGGGGGUUUUAAUGGUGUUGAUUUCUUCGAUUCUCACGAGGAGCUGUUUGGUGAAUCCAAAGGAGGAGAAAGCUCCUCUGAGGAAGCCUGGACCCCAGCUGGAACACGUUCUCCUUCAGAAGGCUCCAGUGCUGAUACUUUAGCUUGUUCAGAGAAUAACCAGUUUGUGUCAGAUGGAGUUGCUCAUCACACAUUUGAUGGUAUCAAGCAAUCCAAUGUUUCUAAUUAUGAGACUAUGCAAAGAAGUGAGGAAAAUGUGACAAAUGAUAAAACACACAGUGCACAACACCAUGCUGUUCCGGGGGUUACGCUUGUGCUUGAUGGAAGCACGCCUCCACAAAAGACUGAAAUUAUUAAUACAUCACCCAGUGGAGUUAAUGAUAUUGGUGGCAAUAUGGAUUACAAUAGAGGCAUAUUUGAAGAAAAGAAUUUGAAGAAAACCAUGUCACUUCCUCCCAUGUAUGGUUCCAUCACAAGGACUUUUGAAAGUGAUUUUGAACUUCAAAGAAGAUCUCAUGGGAAUGGAUCUAAUUCUAAUGAUGUAUUAAUAUCCGUAUCUGAAAUAAGCCUUCGGACGCAGCCCUCCCUAGUUCCAGCACCGAUGCGACCACCACCAAAAUUAUCUAUCAAACAGGGAGAGUCUAAGGUAGCUUCUGAAAAGUCUGGUCUGGAGGGUGCUGCAGUUGACGGUUCACCCGAUUUUUUUGAUGUGGAGAUAGAUGCAAAUUCAUCUGCUGCAGCCUCAGCAGCUGCUAUGAAAGAAGCAAUGGAGAAAGCCCAAGCUAGACUAAAAAGUGCAAAAGAAUUGAUGGAGAGAAAAAGGGAUGGUCUUCAUAGCCGGCUGAAGUUGGGAUUGAAGGAUGAUUUGAGUAGUAAGGCCAGAAAAGAGGAUGAUAAAGUUAAUCAUGAAGCCCUCAGAUUUAGAGAAAAUGGAUCUCAGGGGGCAGCUGAAAUAGAGGAUAUUGGAAUGAAAGGGUUUGGAAGGCAGGAAGGGCAAAAAGACAUUAGGACAGCUCAGGUAGCUCCAGAUUUUGAAGGGAGCAAAAAGGGUCUGAAUAUAGGUAAAGAAUUUGUAGAACAAAAAGUUACGGAGGAACCUAGAUCUGCCCAAUCUCAUAUUGACAAAGAAGCAGGAGAGUGGAGGGUAGAGAAACAAUUCUAUGAGCUGGCAAAAACAGAUAAGUCAAAAGCAGCCCUUGAAGUCUUCGAGCAGGCCAAAAAUGAGAAAAAAUUGAUGACACCGAUAAUACCCCAGAAACAUGAAGAAAGUGAGAAGGUAGCAGUGAAACAAGUCUUUCAACAGCGAGAAGAAAAUGGUGAGAAAUCAAAAGCUUCAAAAGAGACUUGUGUGCAGGAGAAUUCGAGGAUGUCAGAAGCAGCUAAAGAGGCAUGUGAACUGAAAAAACUUGAGAAGAAACUGACAGUGGCACAAGAGAUGAGUCAGUGUGAAGGAAAUGAGAAAAAACUAAAAAUGGCACAUGAGAUUUGCGAGCUUGAAGAAGAUGAGAAUAAACUAAAAGUGGCUUGUGAGUUGGAAGAACAUUGUAAGACGCUGCAACAAGCUCAUGAACCGAAAGAAAAUGAGAAAAAACUAGAAGAGGCUCGUGAAUGGGAAGAAACUGAGAAGAGACGAAGAGAGGCCUCAUGGAGUGAAGUAAGUGCGAGAAGAUUGAAAGAUGCUAACGAACAGGAAGAAAAUGGGAAGAAGCUAAAAGAGUCUUGCAAGAGAGAAGAAAAUGAGAAGGGAUUGAAAGAUUCUUGUCAACAGGAAAAAAGUGAGAAGAAACUAAAAGAGGCUUGCAAGCUGGAGUCUAAUGAGAGAAGACUAGAGGAGGUUCAUGAGAUGGAAAAUGACAAGAGACAAAAAAAUGGUGAGGAGCAAGAAGAAAAUGAGAAACAACUGAAAGAGGCUUGUGAACAGGAAGAAAAUGAGAAGAGACUACAAGAGGCUCAUGAGCAUGAGGAAAAUGAAAAAAGACUAAAACAAGCCUUUGAGGAGGAAGAAAAUGAGAGGAGACUAAAAGAGGCUCGUGAGCUGAAAGAAAAUGAAAAUAGACUAAAAGAGGUCUAUAAAAUGGAAGAAAACGAGAAGCAGCUAAGAGAGGUUUUUGAGCUUGUAGAAGAUGCGCAGAGACAGAGAGAGUCAAAUGAGGGAGGGACAAAUGAAAAUAGAGAAAAACAGGCUUGUGAACAGGAGGAAAAUACAGUAAAAGCAAAUCAAGAGGCCCAUGAUCUUAAAGUUGACAAGAAUCUUAUGACAGCUACUGGUUCAUUUAAACCUGUUGACGAUAAUAACUUUGAAGCAAAUCAAGAAGACCUCAAAGAUGAAGAGAACAGUAGGAAACUGAAACUGGCUCUGGAAGCAAUUGAACAUGCAGGGAGUGGUGGGAUGACUGAAGCAGCUAAAGAUGCAUGUGAAUGUGAAGGUAAUGAAAAGGAAUUGAAAAUAGCUAAAGCAGGAAAUGGCAAAGAUGAAAGCGGGAGAUCCGGGCAUGCUGAUGUGGCUCAAUGUGCUCCUGAACAAGAUAGGUGUGAAAAGAUCAAAGAUUCCAUGGAAGACCUCUCGUUAGAUGGACAUGAGAAUAAACUAGGAGAAUUUGAAAUAGUAAUUGAUCUGAAGUCAAAUGAAAAUAAUAAGAGAACAUCACAAGUGUCUAGGAACCAGGAAAGCCUUGGUAAGUCUCAAGUUGCCAAUGAUCGGGGAGCUUACCAGAAGAGCAAUGAAGCAGCUGAAGGGGUGAAAAACUGUAUUGAAACUGAAAAGAAAACUGGAUUGGUUCAACCCAUUAUGUCGUUGGAAGAGAUGGGGAACAUGCAGAAGAUAGCUCAGGAGGUAAACAAGAGCCAAUCUACAGAAAGGAAAGAGAUGAAUUACCAUAAAACAUGUUCCAAUGUUGAAAUAGAAAAAGAAGAAAGGCUGCAAAGAGAAGAAGAGAAAGAACGGGAAAGGGAAAGAGAAAAAGAUAGGAUGGCUGUGGAAAGAGCAACCCGUGAAGCCCGUGAAAGGGCAUUUGCUGAAGCCCGUGAAAGGGCAGAAAGAGCUGCUGUAGAGAGGGCAACCGCUGAAGCACGACAAAGAGCGAUGGCAGAGGCCCGAGAAAAACUAGAGAAGGCAUCUGCAGAGGCUAGGGAGAAAUCAUUAGCUGAGAAAGCUUUAAUGGAAGCCAGGCUGAAGGCAGAGCGUGCUGCGGUGGAAAGAGCAAUUGCAGAGGCUCGGGAGCGUGCUGCAGAAAAAGCAGUUUUGGAUGCAAGAGAACGGGUAGAAAGAUCUGUUGGUGACAAAUUCUCCGUUACAAAUUCCAGAGAUAGUGGAAUGAGGCAGAGCUCUUCUUUCUCUGACCUACAAGACCCACAACUUCAAAGCUCAGGCUCUGACAGUAGUUCAAGAUAUACAAAUUCUUCAGUUCAUGAUGAAGCAAUAUUUCUCUUUCAUCAUGAAGCCUCCUAUACUUCAGCCAAGUUUCAAGGAACAGAAGGUGAAUCAGCUCAGAGGUGUAAAGCUAGGUUAGAGAGGCACCAACGAACUGUUGAACGUGCGGCAAAAGCUCUUGCAGAGAAGAACAUACGCGAUCUUCUUGCACAAAGAGAGCAAGCAGAGAGAAAUAGACUAGCAGAAACUUUGGAUGCUGAGGUCAAAAGAUGGUCUAGUGGGAAAGAAGGGAAUUUGCGUGCAUUGCUUUCAACCCUACAAUACAUUCUUGGGUCUGAUAGUGGUUGGCAGCCAAUUCCCCUGACAGAAGUUAUAACAGCAGUUGCGGUAAAGAAAGCUUAUAGAAAAGCCACACUUUGUGUUCAUCCUGAUAAGUUGCAGCAAAAGCGUGCAAGCAUUCAACAGAAGUACAUAUGCGAGAAAGUCUUCGAUCUUCUAAAGGAUGCUUGGAACAGAUUCAAUUCGGAGGAGAGGUAGCUUUUUAUCCUUCUGCGUCUUCUGUUUGCAGAUUAUGCAUAUCCGCAAUCAUCUGCAUUUUUGUAAUAUAUUGUACCACUACAAAAUAUUUGUACACCUUUUGGCCACUU